UCUAAUAGGGUUCAUGGGCUCGGGUUCAUAGGCCCGGAAGCCAAAAAUAAAUCAAAAAUUGGGUUUAUUUCCGCGACCCGCCUUUUAGUACUGACCCCGUAUGAGCCUGGUUCAUGCCAGGUGUCACCCACCCAUUAGAGACGCGUUCGCGAGUUGACGAGGAGGAAAGCGGAGAGAAAACAUUUUCUCUCAUUUCUGAAAAAAAAGCUAGGGUUUCUCUCCGAAAGGCGAUUUUGGUGCGACGCUGACCGUUCUUCACUUUUCUCUAUCUAAUCGACGACGGAGUGUCUCCUCUACGAGCUCAGGUGAGUAUCGAGUGGAUUCACGGUUAAAUCAAGCGUUUUUGGUGUCGAAACCGAUGUGGGGGACUCGAAAUAGAUUUUGUGGUUUCGAGUUUGGGUUCAAAAUCGGAAAAGGGGGUUUCGAUUUAUGGUUGUAAAACCUCAUGCGGGGUUCGAUUUAUCGAUUUUUAGGGUUUGUUUAUCUGUGAUCUGAAAUCGAUUUGGAGGUUUCGAGUUAUGGUUUUAAAUCUGCAUGGGGGUUCGAUUUAUGGGUCGUUUCAUCAUAAUUUUUCGUGAUUAUGUCGUAAUCUGUUUUAUCUUUGUUGUUUAGAUGGAUCCCGUGGAAGAUAGAAUAAAUACAAAGAGGCAAGAGGAGUACUACAACAGGAUGGGAAACGUGGCCGAUUCAGAAUAUGGGAUUCCCAGAAGGUGUCCCUGUGGUGGGAGAAUCCGAGACGAGGUUCGCGUGAAGGAGGAGUACGACACUCUGCCUGGGAAACGCUUCUUCACAUGCAUCAACUACGAGGCUGAUGGGUUUCAUUACCGUCAGCCUUGGGUUAUAGGUGUGCAGGAGGAGAUCGAAAGUCUGCGUAGGCGGGUGGAGAAGGCUGAGCAGGUGAUCAAGUUGGUGCCCAAUCUCAAUAAACAUAUCGACACAGUUGAGGCAGAGGUUAACCGCCUCAGUUUGGUGGUUGAUAACCUCACUGCUGAGAUUUAUUCUCUCACUGUGCAGGUCGCAAAUCUGGAGAAGGUCUGCUUCGAAUAAAAACCUUAAGGUCACGGGGUGCUUGACUUGUGGAGGUGGAUGCUUGUACUUGUGUUGCAGGUCACGGGUUCACGCUUUCUCUGUUUCUUUUAUGUACUUGUCUUUUAGCUUUAUGUACUUGUCUUUUAGCUCUAUGUAUGUCGGGAAAGUGUAAAAUGUUGGAUCUUUCUACACUUCUAUGUUAUGUAAUCACGGGUGUAUGUACCCCUGAUAACUUCAUUCACGGGUGUAAACAUUGUCUCCCUAUAUAUAUUAUGUUUGUCACUUCUCUUUGGCUAUCAUUUAUAAAAUCUCCAAUGCAACUUCUCUUUCUUUCUCACUUGACUUUGUGAAACACAAAGUAUUUGUGUAUCUACCCACUCCUUGUAUUCAGGUAUGUAUGACACAUUUUAAUUAAGGUUUGUAUGAAACAAAAGAUAUAAUCACAUAAUAUCCAAUGCAACUUCUCUUUGUUUGCGUGUACAUUUUACAAAUAUAUUUGGUGAACCGCCAUGUGAUUUGAUUAUAUCUUUUUUUUGGCGACAUUUUCUUACAAGUAUUAUGUAUCUUUGUAUGAAAAAAUGAUAUAAUCACAUA